AUGUAUCGUCUAUUAGUUGUCGUGAGUGUUUUGUGUUUUGCAUCAGCGUUAUUGGUUCCUAUUGAAGAUAGAAUUGUUGAUGGUAAAAAUGCAGAUAUUAUCAGUCAUCCCCAUCAAAUUUCACUUCAAAGAAACGAACGCCAUUUUUGUGGAGGCAGUAUAAUUGCUGAAAAAUAUGUAAUUACAGCAUCUCAUUGUACAGUUAAAAUUAUUGCCAACAAUGAACAGAGUAUUUGUCGAGUUCGAGCUGGUUCAUCAUUUUGGAAUCAGGGUGGUAUUACCAAGUCAAUCAAAUCGAUUAUUAACCAUCCAAAAUAUGAACCCAAAUCAAUGGUGUACGAUGUUGCCAUCUUAGAACUUUAUUCCGGUUUUAUAUGGAGUGCUAGUAUUAAACCAAUUAAAUUGUGUUCCACUUUGCUUGAAGACGAUACGCUUACCGAAGUUACCGGAUGGGGUAGAUUGGCUGAAGAUAAUAAAAAUCUUCCGGAACAAUUGCAAGAGGCAACAGUGAAAUUUAUGAAUGCAGUAACUUGUUCAUCACCGCUGUACAAAUAUGGUGAUUCAAUUAUGUCUUCAAUGGUUUGUGCAUACGAACCUGGACAAGAUUCAUGCCAAGGAGAUUCGGGUGGUCCUCUUUCGAUUUUUGAUGAUAUACUAAAACUAGUUGGAAUUGUUUCAUGGGGACGUGGAUGCGCAGAGCAAGGCCAUCCUGGUGUUUAUUGUGACGUUUCUGAUCCAGAAGUUCGAUCAUUUAUUUACGAUAAUUGUCCAUCAGUAAAAUAUGUAGAAUGUUAA